AUGGAAGAAAUUAAAGCGAUCUCCGAAGGAAAAGUGAGCCAAUCGAGCACUGAGAACAGAGGAAAACAGACGAUUCAACCAGAUAAUUGCCAAACGAUGGAAAGUAAUCGAAAAGCUCGGUGAAGGCGGAAUGGGAGCCGUUUUUAAAGUGCGCGACAUCACCCGCUUCCAGACGUACGCCGCGAUGAAGGUGGAGGCGGACAUCGACGACGGAGGAGUGCUCAAGCUGGAGGCGCACGUGCUCAAGGCCCUAGCUCCCAUGGACUAUUGCGCAAGAUUUCUUGAUGGAGCCUCUUGCGACAAAUACUGGUAGAGGGAGAAACGAGACGGAGACAGAGAGGGGAGGUUGCUAUUUCAGCUUCAUUGUCAUGACGUUGCUGGGCAAAGAUCUGAUGGCCCACAAAAGAGAUGCGAAUGUGGCCAAGCUGUGCGACCAGACGACGCUGCGUCUCGCGAUGGCCACACUUUUCGCCAUUAAGCAGGUGAGCGUCAUGGGAAAAAGAAUGUGAGAGAGGGAGAGGGAGAGAGAGAGAGAGAGAGAGAGAGAGAGAGAGAGAGAGAGAGAAAGAAAGAGACCGCACGAAUGAUAGAACUUUGGGCGCAAUUCGUAUUUAUCAAUAGAGAGUAAAAGGAAAUGAAAAACUCAGAUUCACGAGGUGGGCUACAUUCAUCGAGAUAUCAAGCCUGGAAACUGUGUGACGGGGAUGAACGGAAGCGACACCAAGAACGUUUAUCUCAUCGAUUACGGUGAUCUUUUUCAUAAGCGAAUUCAACUUUUUCUUGCCGCUUCCAGGUAUGGUCCGCAUGUGGACUGCGCUGAAAGAGGGGGACGGAAAGCUUACGUUCCGUAGGGCGCGCGGUGGCGAUCAGCUCUUCCGCGGGACUCCCCGCUACUGCAGUCUGAACGUGCACCAUCGGAAGGAACAGGGACGCGUCGACGACCUCUGGUCGUGGCUUUACAUGAUGAUCGAACUGCACACGGGACUGCCGUGGCGUCGUCUGACCGAUGAGAAGGAGAUUAUGGAGGCGAAGCAGGCGUGCUCGAUGGAGACGUUGCUGAAAGGGUGUCCCAAGGAAUUUGAGGCCAUUUACAAGUAUCUGGAGAAGCUGGAAUUCAAGACUCGCCCGGAUUACUUCGGGUUGUGGAGCGAGUGCUACCACGGAUUCAAAAGAAUCCGUGGAUCGUUUUUCGGUCGUUUCGAGUGGGAAUUGAACAAAGGCGGCGGUGACAAGCUGUUCACGGCACUUUCGAUAAGUGAGAAACGUGAACCACGCGACUACAAAACAUCGACCAGUCAGUUAAAUCCCUGCUAAUAACUAUUCAAUAAUCUCCAAAUUCAGACAUUCAAAUGGCGAAGAAGAUCUGGCCAUAUGCCGAUUCAAAUAACUUCAAGAAAAAGUACUUGACCCUGUGA